GGACGAUCGCAGAAGGCACUCCUCCUCCACCCACCGCGCCGGGAACCAACAACCAACUGCCGACAUGAGGGCUCUCCUGCUUGUGACUCUGUUGGCGGCAGCCGCCAUCGCCGCAGAGCAGACGACGAGCGGGCAGCCUGCGGAGGAGACCGGCAAGAAGCAGGACAAGAGGGGCCUCCUGGGCCUCGGCUACGGGGGCGGCUACGGGGGUGGCUACGGACUGGGAGGCGGCUACGGCCUCGGAGGCGGAUACGGCCUCGGAGGCGGCAUCGGAGGUGGCUUUGGGGGCGUCGGAGUAGCAGCCGCCGCUGGACCAGCCAUCAACGUGCAGACUGUGGCGCGGCCAGUGGCGGUGCCCGUACCGCAGCCAGUGGAGGUGACGCGGCCGGUCCCGGUGCCGGUGCCGCAGGCGGUGCCCGUGUCGGUGCCCCGCGCUGUUCCUGUGCCGGUGCCUCAGCCCGUGCCCGUGCCGGUAGCCCGGCCCUACCCCGUGUCCGUGCCCAGGCCGGUCGCCGUGCCCGUCCCUCAGCCCUACCCCGUCACCGUCCCGCACCCCGUGCCCGUCGUCGUAGGAGGCGGCUACGGCGGCGGCUUCGGGGGCGGCUACGGCGGCGGCUACGGCGGCGGCUUCGGAGGCGGUUACGGGGGCGGCUACGGAGGAGGCUACGGAGGAGGUUUCUACGGCAAGCACUAACUGCACUCUGUGGCUGUAUCCUGAGAUUUCUACGCUCUCAUUUUUCAUCAUCACCUCGCUGCCUCGUAAAAGGGCAACGGCGCACUGAAAACCUACCAUUUUCUUCAGUUGUUAGCGCCAAUGUAAUUUUGUACCUUUUUCUUUUAUACAAAUUGCAAUAAAGCACAAUGAAAAAUUA